AUGCUUCUCCCCUCCUUCACGGCGCUCUGCGCCCUUGCCACCAUCCCUUGGGUGGACGCGCGGACAGAUUAUCCCGUGGUGGGCGUCAAGUCUGGCAUCAACCCCCUCACGGGAGAGACACCUGCAAGGAGGAAUAUCAGUGCCCUCUACGAAGAGGCUGGCCCGCAGUGGGACCUUUACGUCGACGCACUGAAAGCCAUGCAACGAACCAACGAGACGGACCCCCUCUCCUAUUUUCAAAUUGCCAGUAUCCAUGGGCAGCCAUACGGGCCUUGGCCACCAGGCGCUGCUCAGACGGGAGCUCAGCAAGGAUACUGCCCUCAUAAUGAGGCUUUGUUCGGGACGUGGCAUCGCGCCUACUUGAGCCUUUAUGAGCAAACUCUCGUCAAGCACGCCCAGGAAAUCGCCCAGACGUAUCCCCCUAGGUACAGAAGGCAAUACACAGAAGCUGCUGAUCGGCUGCGUGCUGCCUGGUGGGACUGGGCGUCUGACUCUCGCGUUCCUCCCGUUACCACGCAAAAGACCGUCGUCAUCAAUAGACCUUACGGAGACGGUGUGCGCCCCCUGAGAGUACUCAACCCGUUCUACACCUACAAGUAUCCCCAGUCGGCACAAGACGGGGCCUUUGGCAGGUUCAGCGGCGUAGGCAACACGAAGCGGUGCACGCAACAGGGCAACAGCUUUCCCAAGUCGGCAAACGAGCUGCUGUCAAAGAUCUCGCUCAAGAGUCAAGUGUAUACUGCCCUCAGCCGUGCCAAGUCAUGGUCGGAAAUCAGCACCUCGGCCAACGGCGGCUCCAGCAUUGAAGGCCCUCACGGAUCGAUUCACAUACGCGCCGCCUGCGGGCUUGACUUUGUCUACCUUGAGACAUCUGGAUUUGAACCCUUGUUCAUGCUCCACCAUGUGAACGUCGACCGGUUCCUUGCCUUCUGGCAGGUCCUCCAUUACGAGAACGGGAAGAUCGAAUUUAACUACAAGACUGACGGUCUUUAUGCCACGCCAAAAGGUACUACUGUCACAGCCAAGUCUCCCCUUCGGCCCUUUGAGAACGAGCGCGGUCCCCUGACCAGCGAGGACAUGACCAACAUCGGCGACUGGGGCUAUACGUACGAACCCAUCGAGUUUUGGAGGCAGAGCCCUGCAGAACAGAAGCGCGUGGUCACCCAAUACGUCAACAAGUGGUACGGUCCCCAGCGCCAGGUGACGGCUCCCCGCGCUGUGAAGGCUAGGGGUGUCGCCGAGCCUCAGUAUUACGCCAACCUCGAAGUUGAGAGGUCAGAGCUCGCCCUGCCCGCCAUGGUGGAUCUGUACGUCAAGGGACGCCAUGCCGGCUCCUUUGCCCUGCUUGGCAUGCCCAUGCACGGCAAGAGUUACGAAGAGAUUCCGCUGCAGCAGGCCAUUCAAGACGCGGCGUUUUCCCUGAACAUCACAUCCGCACUGGGCAUGCGUGAGGUCCUCAACCAUCACCUCGAAGCUCGCAUCACAAAGCCCGACGGGACCUUGAUCCCGCUCGAGACGGUACCUAGCCUCAAGAUCGACCUCGAAGAGGUCCAAGUCGCCGCGCCCGAGACGGACGAGGAGCUUCCCCAGUUCGGGCGCGCCGACAUUCGGCCAGCUCGUGUCAAGGCGCUUACCAAGGAGGUCGUCGAGGUUCUUGUCACGGUUCACGUGCCGUGCCCAACAGAGACGCCCUCAUACGGAGUUCUCUGA